CACAGCAGGCGGAGGGGGCGGGGCCUGUCCUCCUCUCUCCGGUAAGGCGGCUUCGCGGGCUCGCCGUGGCCGGAGCAGCAUCGCUGAGAGAGCGCGAGAGCGAGAGCAGUCGGAGCAGCGGGGGAGCCGGUAUGUCGCAGCAGGACAGGAGCGCGGAUGUGGGGAACAGAGUGACGGUGGUGCUGGGGGCUCAGUGGGGCGAUGAGGGUAAAGGGAAGGUGGUGGACCUGCUGGCCCAGGACGCUGACAUGGUCUGCAGAUGUCAGGGAGGCAACAAUGCAGGACACACUGUCGUGGUCGACUCUGUGGAGUACGACUUUCACCUUCUACCUAGUGGCAUUAUCAACCCCAAGGUCACUGCCUUUAUUGGUAAUGGCGUAGUAAUUCAUCUCCCUGGCCUGUUUGAGGAGGCUGAGAAAAAUGUACGCAAGGGAAAAGGUUUAGAGGGCUGGGAAAAGAGGCUUGUCAUCUCUGACCGCGCCCACAUUGUGUUUGAUUUUCAUCAAGCAGUGGAUGGAGUUCAGGAGCAAGAGAGGCAGCAGCAAGCUGGAAAAAAUUUAGGAACAACAAAAAAGGGCAUUGGUCCAGUGUACUCAGCCAAGGCUGCUAGGAGCGGCCUUAGAAUAUGUGACCUUCUGUCUGACUUUCAGGAGUUCUCAGAGAGGUAUAAAAAUUUAGCCCUGCAGUACAAAUCAAUGUACCCAUCGUUGGAGAUAGAUAUUGAUGGGGAGCUGGGGAAGCUUGAGGCAUACGUGGACAGGAUAAAGCCUAUGGUCAGAGAUGGGGUGUUCUUCAUGUACGAGGCUCUGCAUGGGCCUCCUAAAACCAUUCUGGUGGAAGGUGCCAAUGCUGCUCUGCUGGACAUUGACUUUGGAACGUACCCCUUCGUAACCUCCUCCAACUGCACGGUGGGUGGGGUGUGUACGGGUCUCGGCAUGCCCCCUCAGAAUGUGGGAGAGGUUUACGGCGUGGUCAAGGCCUACACCACUCGAGUGGGCAUCGGUGCCUUUCCCUCUGAACAGAGCAAUGAAACUGGGGAGCUGCUACAGACAAGAGGGAAGGAGGUGGGAGUGACCACCGGCCGCAAGAGGAGAUGUGGCUGGUUGGAUCUGGUGCUUGUCAAGUAUGCUCACAUGAUAAAUGGCUUCACAGCCUUAGCUCUAACCAAAUUGGACAUCUUGGAUGUCUUCCCUGAGAUCAAAGUCGGUGUGGCUUACAAGGUAGACAACGAAUGCAUACCACAUUUUCCAGCGAAUCAGGAGGUGUUACAGAGGGUUGAAGUCCAGUAUGAGACUCUGCCUGGUUGGAACAGUGACACUUCUGCUGCUAGGACCUUUGAGGAGCUUCCAGACAACGCACAGAAAUACGUUCGCUUCAUCGAGGAGCAGCUUGGGGUGCCUGUGAAAUGGAUUGGUGUUGGAAAGUCGCGAGAGUCUAUGAUCCAGCUGUUUUAAGGGAACAGGCAGGCUGCUCAUUCCCCCAUUUCUCCAUGGUGUACAGGGCUUAUUGAGGGGCUUGCUGAUUCAGGACCAGAGUCCUGCUUCUUACCUCUCCCCUCACUGCAGCUUCCUGCUGGCAGAAGAAAACAACAGGUUCUGUCCACUCCAUCAUUCAAUCCUGUUUUCCAAAACAGUCUCAAAUCUUUUUUUUUUUUUUUGAGGUCAGUGUAGGGCGUCAUAGUGGAAAGUCAGUCUCACACUAGUAUCCAGUGGUCAUUCCCAUGUAUUCCUCACUGAAACAGACCUUCACGUGUCCUUAUGGAUCUGCUUUGUCUUUUAUUCUUGGUGCAGUGAUUUACAGUCUGAUUUGGAUGAGCUUUUAGAGCACUAUUGAGCUCAGAGCCACCAUCUUUGUGUGCCAUUGAUCUUCAGUUUUUUAAGCUUCGUUCACUGAAGCUGUUUAGGUUUAAGCCAUUGUUUGACUGCGUGCAUAAUUAAAGUUGGUUAAAGUAGAACCUGACCUUGAAUGUAGGCCCUGAUAUUUUACAGACUUGCAUUAACUGUUAAAAUUUUUAUAUGCAAAAAUAUGAAACCUUUGUUUAGGCCAGUGUAAUUAACUAUAUUAUUAUUAGAUUAUAAAUGUCUCAAUGACAUUUCAUGUCUGGAUUUAAAUUUCAGGAUUUUUAAAUCUGAACCAGAAAUUGGUAUUUAUUUUGUCACUUUGCCACGGUUUUGUUCACAUACUGUUCUUGUUAUACUGUUGGAAUGUAUAUCACAUGUGUGUAAUAUUAGCUUUUUAAUGAUUCUCAGUCUCUUUUCAAUGUUAAUUUACAUUGAAUUGUUGAUAUGGUUGUCCUUGUUUGUGUACUGUUGAAUGACCGUAGAUUUUAUUUGUCAAUAUGUCAACAUAUAAUCAUUUAUAAUUUAUUUACAAACAAACAUGAUUUUGUUCACAAAAUACAACUUGUUCUUGAUAAUUCUCUAUGAAUCAGCUUAAUUUCUGUUCAUUUGAUUAGCCUGUGAGAGCAUGAAAUAAGUUUUAGUUUUUAUUAAAAAGUUGGAAGCAGAAAUAAAUUAUUUUAUUUAUUGUCCUUCUAAUAUAAAGUAGACUUUUACUAAAAAUGUCUAAUAUUAAAUUUGGCCUUUGCCCUGAAAGCAUAUGAUUCUUUUUUUGCUAUAGAAAAAUAUAUAGUGUUGCACAUCUACUACAGCAAAGACUGGUAAGUUGUCAGGCCAGCUUGAGAUGAUACAAAUUGAAUGUAUUUUCAAUGUUGAGAAUUACACUAAUCAUCAAACAAAUUGUUGCACCCAGAAGGUAGUGUCAGACUGCAAAGUUAUUUGUAAGGAAGAUACAACUAAAUAAGAACAAUGAAUGAUUAUGGUUGAUUUCGACCGCAGGAACGGCUUGAGAAUAUUCAUGCUGAAUGGGAUGGAUUAACACAGGACACCAUUAGGAACCUCUACGACUCUACAGUGGCAAGACAUAUUGUUACACAUGUUGGACACUACUUCUGUAUGUGCAGCUCAAUAAAUAAUGCCCGUAUCUAAAGUUUAAAUCAUUUAUUUGUCCUGGUAGCUUUGCUUUUCUUUCAAAUACUUCUUCUGGGUGCAACUAUGUUUUUUGAUGCUUAGUGUGUAUAUAUGGCUCAAGUUAGCUUAGUCUCAGGUUCCUCUGCUGAUCAUAGCUGUGUAUAGUAUUUCUUAUAUGCUGCAUAUUGUUGGAGGUGGGUGAUUUUUAAUGUUUAUUGAAUUGAAGUGUAACUGUUCUGUGCAUUAUAAUCUGUAUGUAAUAUCCUUUUUUUAUUUUUGCCACAAAUGUAGCUAAAAAAAAAUUUAAAUCAGUUAUUUAAGUUAAAUGGUUAAAUUGUACAUUACGUAAAGCUUUAGAAAAAAGAAUAUUGUAGUGAUUGAAAAUUUGGAGCACCACUAUGUAUCAGAUUAAAUUUCGCCUGAGCACGUAGGCACCAAUAUGUCCAUCUUUCGUUUCCCUGCAAAGUUACUGCAUUGCAAUCAGACCACUGGGAGGGAUUUUUAUCUUUAUUUCUGCCUUUUGACUAUGUAAAUAAUAAAGUAAAUAAAUUAAUAGGUAAAGUAUUUAUUUGCCAAAUAAAACAUGGACACACUGCGAUUGUCUUUUUAAACCCUUUAAAAUAAAACCAGAAAAAUAAAUUUUCUUGUACUUUUGCUACCAAUACGGAAAUAAUAGCUCCAAUAGUAGCUUGCUUGGUCUCUGUCUUUUUCCUGUUCACACAUUCUGUACAUCAACACAUCUCCACACUGCCCACACAGUAAGGAAGAACAGGUGCCUUGUUAAUAUAGACUUUUGGUUUUCAUCGUGUGUCUUAAAGGUCAGAGUUGGUUGUGAAUGUAAGUAAAUGGAUAGAUGUGCUUGUUUGAAUUAUAUAGUUAAAUAUUAAAUAAAAUGACCCAUUCAUAUAAUUUCUUACUAAUGCCAUAUUCACUAUGUGUCCAAAUGUUUGUGUACACACCUUCUAGUGAAUGCAUUUAGCUGACACAGCAAAGAAUGCUCAUGAUGCUCCAUCUAGUCAUUUUGGGAACAGUUGAGGGGAGUUGAGGAUGAGUAGUGGUGAUUAUUCAACAUCCUGACCUCACUAACCUCAUGUACUUAUCAUUAAAGGCAAUCAGAAUCCUCAAAAGAAACAAAUAAUAAGCAAAUGUCCCAAUAUUUUGUCCAUAUCGUGUGUGUGCAAGUCUGUAUGCUGACAUUAUUAAGGCCAUCACACAGCCCCAAAGAGGUAUGAGUGUUCACAAGAGCUUGUGGUUUUAUCAUCAGGUUCUUCGUUAUAUCAAUAUGUAAAACCACUUGUCUGUUCAGAAAAGGAGACGACAGUCUAAUAUACAUUACUGUAUAGUUUUGAGAUCCUCAGAACUAAUCACUGUUUGUUUUGUUCACGCAGUUGAACUGCAUGUUUGCACAGAAAUCCACUGACCUCUGUUCUUGAAUUCUGUAUUGUACUGAUGCUGUUGGACCUUUAAUGUAUGUAAAUACUGAAUGCAGAGCCAUAUUCUCUAUCUCGUCUUCUCGUUUGUGUGUAGUGGUGUUUAAUAUGCUCGGCUCUUAGGGGAUGGUGCAGUUUGGGUGUGCAUGUUUUCCUGCAGUGAUUUAUACAACACAGAUCUCACUCUUUGGAGUUUAAAAAAGUUGAUAUCCCCAAAAAAUGUAGACAGUGAUCAAAAUAACAGUCAAUAAAUACAAACUUGAGAUACA